AUGGACCAGGCGCCGCCGACUUUACAAGGAUCAACAAAUUACAUACUGCGCCGUGGGAAUCAAAUAUUACGACGGCGUCCGGGUUUCGCGGGCUGUUUGACUUGGACUGACUCUGACACGGUCAAUGAGAAUCAUGGCCCACCAGCGGGGCCGAACAAGGAGGUGAAGAUGUUGAAGGCAUUUCUGCUUUUCUUGGUUUCUACGGCCAUUGCACGUUCUUAUUUAUGGGAAGGGGAUACAGGCUGCCGUCCUACGCGUUCAGUCGAACCUAAAUGCGCGAACGCCAGUGCGACAAACCAUUCCUUCUCAUGUUCUUCGAACAGUGAUCUGCCUCCUGGUUCCUUCAUCGUGGUUGGAGUGAACAGCACUUGGGAGUUCCUGAACUACAUAGGCUGUCCAGGGGUUUCAGUCAAGCGGCUCUUACUUUCAGACUCUCUCGACCAGGACAUCGUCAAGAGCUUUGGAGACUAUCGGCAAACGGCCAACUACAGCGACCUGUACGAGGUCGAAAUGGUGCGCCAUCACAACCGAUUGCUGGACAUCAAGUGGGAAUACGCGUACCGGGACUACAGCGUUGUGAUAAAGUCAAUUCUGGAACACGUCGCUCCUACGCUGGAGGCGCUCUCUUGGGACCAGUACAACCCCAGGUCAUUUUCAAACUUGGGAAUAGACGAGUACGGUUUCGAGGAGUACCCACAGUGGCGAUUCGCACAUUCUCCCCUUUACCGGACCAAAUUCAAAUUCCCCCUCUUGACAGAGCUCACGAUCCGUUCACCAGACGGCGUCCAUUACGCAAACCGCCCUGCAGAAGCAAUCCUCAGUUCUGGCUGGGCUUUGCCCUCCCUCACACAUCUCCACCUCGCCUCAUAUAUCCCGUAUGACGUGCUCCACCGCUUCGUCACCUGGAAAAUCCCCUCGAACAUCACGCACAUCCGGCUUACAGGAGAUCGUGUACUUCAUGAAAGCGCGCCAUGGACUCAAGUAGAAAAAGACGUAUGGGAUAGAUACCCAGGACCAUGGGAGAAGGUCAUGCGUCUCUUUCGUGGCAUUCCCAAGUUGACCAUUAGAGCUCCAGAACUGCAGCCAAACAUCACGAUCAUCGUACAGCCAGGGUUUCCGCCAACUCAGGACCUCGACGAUCAUUUCCGACACAGCACAGAAUUUUUGGACAGCAAGGAGCGGUGCUAUCUUCCGCGUUAUGACAGGCAGCUCAACAAGACGUUGUCGCAUCCUCGUGUCCAUGUCAAACUACCGGAAAAGGCGGCCUGGGAGAGAUAUGGCCCUUCAUCUGGAGUGUAUUCUUUAGCAGAGGCGAUUGAAGAUUUCUCAAGUCGAAGCCGCGGUGAAGACGCUGAAUGGCUUGUCCCAGACCAAGUGACAGGAGAACACCCUGAGAGGUUCUGGUGGUGA